CAAGAAGAAGAGUAGUUCCGUUUUGUUUACUGUGUUAAAACGACAAGGCUAGUGACCCGUCUGCUUCGGUGAAGUGCUGCCUCACUAUUGAAACACCAGUGUUUAGUUCUCUUAUUUUGAAUGAAAUGGUCGGAAGCUGUAAACUCACUCCCGGAAGUUUUCCUAUUUUUAUUUUUCCUGUUUUCUGGCUGUAGAAAGAGAAAAAGUCGUGCAGUUGUGCUUAGCUUAGGUUGGUCGUAUGUUCGAAUAAAACCUGUAGGGCGGCCGAACUGACCUCACAUGGACCCGAACCGAAUUAUCCAAGCUCUGAAGGGCACAAUCGACCCGAAUCUGAGGUUAGCGGCGGAGAAUGAGCUUAAUCAGUCCUAUAAGAUCAUCAACUUUGCUCCCACCCUGCUUCAGAUCAUUGUGUCAGAGCAGGUGGAGUUUCCUGUCCGCCAAGCAGCUGCCAUCUACUUGAAGAAUAUGGUGAGUCAGUACUGGCAGGACAGGGAGCCAUCUGUGGGAGAGGUGGUUUUUCCUUUCAACAUUCAUGAGAAUGAUCGACAGCAGAUCCGAGACCACAUAGUGGAGGGUAUCAUCCGUUGUCCAGAGUCCAUACGAGCCCAGCUGACCAUGUGUCUGAGAGCCAUCAUUAAGCACGACUUCCCAGGACGCUGGACCGGCAUUGUAGACAAGCUCAGCAUGUACCUGCAGUCUCAGAACAGCGGCACCUGGUACGGCAGCCUGCUGGCUCUCUACCAACUUGUCAAAACAUACGAGUACAGGAAGGCAGAUGAGAGGGAGCCACUACUGGCAGCCAUGCAGAUUUUUCUUCCUAGGAUUCAACAGCUCAUCAGCCAGCUGCUUUCUGAUGCGACCAUUUUUUCUGUCCUCAUCCAGAAGCAGGUCCUCAAGAUCUUCCAUGCUCUUGUCCAGUACUCGCUGCCCCUUCAGCUGAUCAACCACACUGUGAUGACGCAGUGGAUGGAAAUUCUGCGAUCCAUUGUGGACAGAGACGUACCUGCAGAGACUUUGGAAGUUGAUGAGGAUGACCGUCCAGAGCUGGCUUGGUGGAAGUGUAAGAAAUGGGCUUUGCGCAUCAUCACUAGACUGUUUGAGCGGUAUGGAAGCCCCGGCAAUGUGACCAAGGAGUACCAGGAUUUUGCAGACUUUUUUCUGAAGACCUAUGCUGUAGGCAUACAACAGGUCCUGCUGAAAGUGGUUGACCAGCACCGACGGGGUCAGUAUGUUACUGCUCGGGUUUUGCAACAGUGCUUCACCUACCUCAACCAGGGCCUUUCGCAUUCACUGACAUGGAAACUGAUGAAACCACAUAUGCAGACUAUAUGCCAAGAGGUCGUCUUCCCUCUAAUGUGCUACAGAGAUGAGGAUGAGAGGCUGUGGCAGGAAGACCCCUAUGAAUAUAUUCGAAUGAAGUUCAACAUCUAUGACGACCAUUCCCUUCCAGCAACCGCUGCACAGAGUCUCCUGUGUAAAGCUGCUCGCAAGAGAAAAGAGAUUCUCCCUCAGAUGAUGGCGUUCUGCCACAAAAUCCUGGCAGACCCCUCUACUGACCCCCGGAGUAAGGAUGGAGCACUGCACUGCAUUGGAGCUCUUGCUGAGCUUUUACUAAAGAAGAGAAUAUACAGGGAGCAGAUGGAGUCAAUGCUACAAAACUACGUGUUUCCACUGCUCAAUUCUCCAAUGGGUUACCUUCGAGCCAGGUCUUGUUGGGUGCUGCAUUGCUUCAGCCCACUGUGUUUCCACAAUGAGCUGGUACUUCGGAACGCAGUGGAGCUGGUCAGACAAGACCUGAUAGAUGACAAAGAGAUGCCUGUUAAGGUGGAAGCAGCUAUUGCUUUGCAGACACUUGUGAGCAACCAGGAGCAAGCCAAAAUGUACAUCAGGCCAUGCAUUCGCCAGGUGAUGCAGGAGCUUCUACAUGUGGUUAGAGAGACGGAGAAUGAUGACCUUACCAACGUCAUUCAGAAGAUGAUUUGUGAAUACAACCAGGAGAUGGCUGCUAUAGCAGUGGACAUGACACAAAACUUGGCGGAGAUCUUUACCAGAGUUCUGCAGAGUGAAGAGUAUGAGGAGAAUGAGGACAAGACUGUGAUGGCUCUGGGCAUUCUUAGCACAAUAGACACCAUCCUUACUGUCAUGGAGGACCACAAAGAGAUCACUCAGCAGCUGGAAGGGAUUUGUUUGCAGGUGAUUGGCCUGGUGCUGCAGAAGCCCAUCAUAGGUAUGGCAGAGUUCUACGAGGAAAUCCUGUCUCUGGCCUUUGGUCUCACCUGUCAGACCAUCUCCCCUCAGAUGUGGCAACUGCUUGGUGUUCUGUACGAGGUCUUCCAGCACGAUUGUUUUGACUACUUCACAGAUAUGAUGCCUCUUUUGCACAACUAUGUUACUGUGGACACAGAUAUGCUCCUGUCCAACCCAAAGCACUUAGAGGUCAUCUACAGUAUGUGCAAAAAGGUGCUGACUCUGGAUGCUGGUGAUGAUGCAGAGUGUCAUGCUGCUAAACUUUUAGAGGUGAUCAUUCUGCAGUGCAGAGGCAGAGGCAUUGAGCAGUGUAUCCCUCUGUUUGUGGAGGCAGUGCUGGAACGUUUGAUGCGGGGGGUGAAGUCCAGCGAGCUGAGGACCAUGUGUCUGCAGGUGGUCAUUGCUGCCUUGUACUACAACCCAGCUCUGCUCAUGCAGACUCUGGACAACAUGCACUUUCCUCACAGCCCACAGCCCAUUACAACCCACUUCAUCAACCAGUGGAUAAAUGACACUGAAUUCUUCCUGGGAUUCCAUGACCGUAAGAUGUGCAUCAUCGGUUUGACCAUGUUGAUGGAGCUCCCCAGCCGACCGGCAGCGCUGGAAAGAGUAGCUGGUCAGAUCAUCCCUUCCAUCCUGCUCCUGUUCCUGGGUCUCAAACACAUGUAUGCGUCCCGUCUCAUCAACAAGCCAGACCUGCUUGCCCAUGCAGGGGCUCACGAUGAAGAUCAAAAUGAAGAGAUCCCCAGUGAUGAAGAUGAGGUGAAUGAAAGCCAAAAUACCAUACAUCAUCAGUCCAGUAUGGCAGCAGGCCAGGGAGGUGACGACGAUGAUAAUGAUGAUGAGGAUGACUACUGGGAUGAAGAUGCUUUUGAGGGAACACCCCUCGAGGAAUACAGCACGCCUCUGGACUAUGACAACGGAGAGGACGAGUACCAGGUCUUCACUUCCGCCCUGCUAAGAAUUCAGAACAGCAGUGCUGCCUGGUACCAGUGUUUGAUGGCUCCACUUAGUGACGAUCAGAAAAAACAACUCCAGGAGAUCUACAGCAUCUCACAGCAGAGAAGGAGCACCGCUGCCAAGGGCCACUGAGCGUCGAGGAGACAAAUGUCCUGCUGUAUCAAAGGACUGGGUCAAAAUAAAAAUAAAAAACCAGAAGAGUAAAGAGAAGCUGACCUGACUUGAACUUUGAUUUCUGUUCAGUCUGCUGUUUAAGAACAGAUCAACUCAUAUCAGGUGAGCGGGAUUCAAACAAAACCGGAUUGGAUGAGGCUGGACUUGGGAGAGUUAAGGACCAGAUGCACUGCUGUAAUCUUCCCAGCACCACAGGAUUGCUGUUCUAACUGUAUAUGCGUGUGAGGACAUCUAUAAAUCUAAUCGUUUGUGACCAGCAGAAUCCCUGCAGAUAUUUUGUGUGUGUAGUCCCUUUGGUCUGUGGUGAAAGAUCAGUCCUUGUGUCUGAGAAACUCUACAGCAUGAAGACAUCUCACUAUGUGUCUUUACACUGUGAGCUUGUCUUUGUCUCUGUUCCUGAACACGGAUCAUCUCAUGAAGCAAAACACCAUUUCCAGCAGGCACUGUGUGCACUGUAUCCAGGACAAAUGUUCACACACCUUUAGCUGGGAUCUUCAUUUUUAAAUGUUUGGAGACAGAAAUAUUUCAGGAGGCGUUUUUCUCUUUGUUUUGUUUUUGUAAUAUUCUUCAGUUAAUUUGGCUAAUCUGAGAAAAUCCAAAAAUUCUCCUAACACUCUGCAGACUUGGUUUUGGUUGUGUUUGUACUCCUGCAACUAUAUUUUGUUCAAUAUUAAAAUUAAUUAAUCAGUCCUAAAUGUACAAAAUCUGAGGGUCAAAUAUUAAGCAAGAACAACUGUUCAAACAUUUCUUUGCAGUCCUGGGAAAGAUGGAAUCAAAUAAAUUCAUCUUUCGUAGGAGCAGUAUGUCACACUUGGAAUAUUUCAACACUUUCAACUUUUAUUUUGUGUAGCUCAAAAUGGUUGGUUUAUUUCUGUCACUAGAAGGUGCUACUAAUACAUGUUGGUGGUUGUUUGACAUUAAUAUGAGAGGACUUUGUGUUUUUAAUAUUAAACCAUUAAAUAUUUGUCAGCAUUUCCUUUGAACUGCAUGACUUGGGGUAAAUGUUUUGAGCCUCCUUCCACAAGGUGCUCACAACUGUGAAUAUUAUGUUCUUCAGUGAAGUAAAGUAUAUUUUUGACUUAUGACUUUUUUCAGCAACAGGGCAGUUCAAAGUGCUUUACACAAUAAAAUAUAAUACAGUAACCUAUUAUGAAAGAAGCAAUAAAUAUUAGAUUUUGUCAAAAUGUGAUAUUGUGAAGAAUAGCCAUAAUCAAACAUGCAACAAAUACAUCAAUCACUCCCAGUUAUUAUUAAUCAGCUUGUUCUAGAUUUGUGGGGUGUAAAAACUGAAUGCUGCUUGUCCUUGUUUGGUUCUGUGAAUACAGAGUAGACUUGAACCAGAAGACCUGAGUGGCCUGGAAGGUUUUUACAACAUUGUAUUUUGGUGCUAAGCCAUUCAGUGAUUUAUAAACUAACACUAUUUUAAAGUUUAUUCUUUACUUCAUUUUAGUGAGCACGCUAGCUGCAGCGUUCUAAAUCAGCUUGACUUUAUGCAGAUCUGUGAAGACACUGUUGAAGUAUUGAAUUCUACUAAAGAUAAACACAUGGAUGAGUUUCUCUAGAUUUUUGGGACGAUAGUCCUUUAAUCUUAGAAAUGUUCUUAAGGGAUUAGAAGGCCAACUUUGGCCACUGAGAAGCCAGUGGCAGUGUACUUUUGUGAGAGCAUCACACUUAAAGUGAAACAUGGUGAAGUUUGAUUUAUUUUUUUAAAUGCUUUGCUUCCUUAAAACCUGGACAAUUUAUCAUGUUAAAUGGAAUUAAUAAUUUUGCAGAAAAGGAGAGUGGACAAAAAUCCUCAGUGGCGUUAAAAGACUCAUUCCCAAUUAGUGCAAACUUUUUGUCAGUUGUUGCUGCUAUGGUUGGCAUAACUAGAUUCAGUGGGCCAAAUUCUUUCAAAAGGAUAACAUUUUUUCUCCUAGUGAAAUAGGGUUACACUUCUAUAUUUAAAUGUUUAAUUGUCAGAUAUAAUACUCUACUCUUUCAAAAAAAAUUGUCAUGUUUUUAUGUUCUGGAAGAUGAAAAUUAUUAUCACUAACAGAAGCUAAAAAAAAAACCUAUGUCUGUAUUUUAUUUUAUCCAUAACGCGUUCCACUUAGUGAAUUGCUUGACUGAAAUAAACUAACUUUUCACUGAAAAA